CCCGGCGCCGCGCACGGAGCAGCGGGUCCAUUUUGCAUCGCCACACACCGGCUCCGGGCAGCCCUGGGCUGGGGGCGGGGGCCGUGCCUGGGCCUGGGGGGCAGAGCGCGGGUAUCUGAGCCGCUCCCCGGCUCCCGGACCCCACCAUGGCUGCGGAAGGGGGGCUCGCUUCGGCUCGGGGCUGAGACUGCCCCUGGCCGGGGUGAAAUUGACAAAAGGACGAGGCGUGAGAUCGCUUCGCUCCGAGCCCGCGGAUCGCUUGGAAGCGCCGCGCUCUGGCUGCGGCGGGGGGCGGCGGGGCUUUUUGGUUUCGCUUUAAUCCCAAACUGGAUCCCGAGGAGAGGAGCUGGAAGCUGAAACGCUCCUGACAUUUGCCCUGGUUUCUGGUGGUUUCCCGGUGGAUUUCGCCCUCCCCUGGAUUGCACCAUCGCUCUCCAUUGCCCCGGGCUGUGCUGAUUAUGGAGACAGUGGAAAAGGAGUGCGGGGCCCUGGGGGGCCUUUUCCAAGCCAUCGUCAAUGACAUGAAGAGCUCCUACCCCAUCUGGGAAGAUUUCAACUCCAAGGCAACUAAGCUGCACUCCCAGCUCAGGACUACAGUGCUGGCAGCAGUCGCCUUCCUGGAUGCCUUCCAGAAAGUGGCAGACAUGGCCACCAACACACGAGGAGCCACAAGAGACAUCGGCUCGGCACUGACCCGGAUGUGCAUGCGGCACCGCAGCAUAGAGGCCAAGCUGAGGCAGUUCACCAACGCCCUGAUGGAGAGUCUCGUCAACCCCCUGCAGGACAGGAUUGAGGACUGGAAGAAAACGGCCAACCAACUGGACAAGGACCAUGCGAAAGAGUACAAGCGAGCCCGCCACGAGAUAAAGAAGAAAUCCUCUGACACGCUGAAGCUGCAGAAGAAGGCCCGCAAAGAGCUACUUGGGAAGGGGGACCUACAGCCCCAGCUGGACAGUGCUCUCCAAGACGUCAAUGACAUGUACCUCCUUUUGGAAGAGACUGAGAAGCAGGCUGUCCGCAAGGCCCUCAUUGAGGAGCGGGGCCGCUUCUGCACCUUCAUCACCUUCUUGCAGCCAGUGGUGACUGGAGAGAUCACCAUGCUGGGAGAGAUCACUCACCUGCAGGGCAUCAUGGAGGACCUGGUGGUGCUGACCGCAGAACCGCACAAACUGCCCCCUGCCAGCGAGCAGGUGAUCAAAGACCUGAAAGGCUCUGACUACAGCUGGUCCUACCAGACUCCUCCAUCCUCCCCCAGCAGCUCUGGCUCCCGCAAGUCCAGCAUGUGCAGCCUGGCGCAGCCGGUUAACGCCAACACCCGCCUGUCCAGCGUCUCCUCCCAUGACUCUGGCUUCAUCUCCCAGGAUGCCACGUACUCCAAGCCGCCGUCGCCGAUGCCAUCUGACAUCACCAGUCAGAAGUCCUCCAGCUCCGCAUCCUCCGAGGCCUCGGAAACCUGCCAGUCAGUUAGUGAAUGCAGCUCCCCCACCUCGGAUUGGUCCAAGGCCAGUCCUUACGACCAGCCGGUGGUCACCACCCUGCAGCGGAGGAAGGACCGCGUGGAGCAUCUGCGGGAGGCCGAGUUGGGCUCCGCCAGCAUGGGGUAUCCGGGAAUUAACCUGGAAGACGUGCCCAGGCCCAGGAUGUCCCCAGCUACCAUCGCUGCCAAGCAUGGCGAGGAGGUGUCCCCCGCUGCCAGCGACCUGGCCAUGGUGCUCACCCGUGGCCUGAGCCUCGAACACCAGAAGAGCAGCCGGGAUUCCCUGCAGUACUCCAGUGGCUACAGCACACAGACCACCACACCGUCCUGCUCAGAAGACACUAUCCCGUCUCAAGGCUCGGAUUACGACUGCUACUCGGUGAACGGCGACGUGGAGUGCGACAGCCAGAGCGAGUUUGACAAAUCCUCCACCAUCCCACGCAACAGCAACAUCGCCCAGAACUACCGCCGCAUGAUCCAGACCAAGCGCCCCGCCUCCACCGCCGGGCUGCCCACCGGGACCCCCCUGCCGGCCAGCGCCCCCCCUGGCGUGGCCACCAUCCGCCGCACGCCCUCCACCAAGCCCUCGGUGCGCCGCACCCUCUCCAACGCCGGGCCCAUCCCCAUCCGGCCCCCUAUCGUCCCAGUGAAGACCCCCACGGUGCCCGACUCCCCUGGCUACACUGGGCCCACCCGGGUGGGCAGUGAAGAGUGUGUGUUUUACGCCGAUGACGCCUCCCCAAACGCCAUGGACUUCGCCAAAGCCUCGCCCAAGAGGCUCAGCCUCCCCAACACGGCCUGGGGCAGCACCGCCAUGGAGAUCUCGGUGUACCCGGGGGCAGGGCAGCACCUCUCUGCCGAGGAAGAGGAGGACCAGCAGCUGGCUGCCAACCGGCACAGCCUGGUGGAGAAGAUUGGCGAGCUGGUGGCCAGUGCCCAUGCCCUGGGCGAGGGCCAAUUCCCCUUCCCCACCGCUCUCUCUGUCCCCGGCCCUGGAGAGGAGACGCCCACUCUGCCCCCCGCUGCCUCCAGCGAGCCCCCCGCUGAAGACAUGCUGGUAGCCAUCCGGCGCGGCGUGCGCCUGCGCAGGACCAUCACCAACGACAGAUCCGCCCCCCGGAUAUUGUGAUGACACUCCCCCCACCUGCCGCCCCUCCCUCCCACCGCACCCCAUGGGAAGAGAGCGAACACCGGGCCCAGACUGAGCGGAGAAGAGAAAUCAACCCAGUAAAGAAUCACAGAGGCAAAGCCACUUUAUGGAGCUAGAGACGAGUCUAAUUUUAAAUGGAAAUUAAAAGUCUUUGCUAACAAACUCGCAAGGCGCUGCCUAGGAGGCACUGAACUGGUUUGGGAGCCUGUUUUCUAUUUCAUUUCUCACGCCCCCGUCCCACACCUUGCUCCUGGCUGUUAAAGACUCCUCGCUGCCAGCAGGAGGCAGCGCUACAAGAGGGGGCCACCCCCACUGUGUGUUGGGGGGGCACGAACCUGGACUCGAAUAAGCAGCUACAUAAUAAGUAUAAAGAACACACACAGAUAGACACACACACAACGCCAAGGACCGCUGGCUGCUGUCCCCACAAGCCAUCUCCCUCCUCUUCCUCUGGACGGAAGAUGCACGUAGUCCUGUGCUGAGCAUCUGACCACCCCCCUCCUCUCUCCUCCCUCCUCCCUCCCCGCUGCAGUGAAAAGGCAUCAGAGCAGUGGAUAGAAUUCCUGGCACACAUGGCCCUAUCCCCGGAGGUGCUUUGGUGUCCUAUGCCUUGGCUGGGGGAGCAGCUGCCCCUACGCGUGUGCCCCGGGGCUAGCACUUCAUCGUCUCCAAAGGCCAGGCUCUCUUCCCCUCCCGAUUAGCUGAGAUGCGGAAGGACUUCCCCGGCUCUGUCCGGCGAGUCCAGAUCUCAGGCCAGGGGGCAUUGGGUACACGUGUUUCUCAGGAGGUUAGGCUGCGUGUGUGGGUCUCUAGCCAUAAAGUGACACAGCAGGGGUCGGGGUGCCCGGCCACAGCUCUGCGCCAGGCGGUCAGAUACAGCAGCGUUGGGAGUUUAAAGGAUCCGGCCUGCUCAAGAGUUACCUUUUCCCUGAAUCCAGCUUCACAGCCAACCUUUGCCCCUGGGACUGGUAACCCAAGUACAGGGUAAAGGGGAUGCCAGAUAGCUAUGAAUCCAGCAGGCUUCUGCUAGGUGUGCCCCCGAGUGUACCAGGUUGGGUGUCCUGGGGCUGUUCAUGCAGCAUAGUCCCCAUCUGGGUGUUUGUCUGCGUGAGUGUGUGUCAGGCUGGGGGGGUGCAUGUGUGCCCGGCUGUGGGUGUAUGCAGGGUUCUGCAGCAUGACGAGGGGGCAUCUGGCCACACUCACUCCUGCUCGCCGCUAACCGUCGUAGCCACCAGAUCAGCACAAACAGAAUGCUGGCAACAGGGGUUCAGCUGCACAGGUCCGGGACAGCCCGCACCGGGACCCAGUGGAUUUGUCAUGGGGAAGUGCCCUGGAGCUGAGAGGCCCAUCCAUGGCAUUACGCUACACAGGGCUGUGCCGCGGGGACCCCAUGCCCUGAGCCGUCCUUUUCCCAGUAAGAUGCCGUCCCAUGAGGAAUGGGAAUCUCAGGUCUUGCUCAGGGGCCAUUCUCCCCUCCACCCUCCCAGGCUCAUGGCCAGUCGCACCUACUCCCCACACAGUCCCAUUGAAAAGCAUGGGGACUCCUCACACAGGAAGAUGUUACUCAGUGGGAGUAAAGGUGGCAGCAUCAGACCUGCUCCUUUUACAAAACGCCCGUUCGCCUCAGUGGCCCAACCAGUUACCAGGUGAGCAGAGCCGACGGGCAGAGCCCACGAGCCCCGCUGGAGUUCUGUCUGUGAGGACACGGUUCUCAUUGGGACACAUGGGGGCCCUCGAUCACAGCUCCUUGUCAUUGAGCUCUGAUGGUAAAUUUAAUGCUGCUUUGCCCAAGGCCACCUGGGGCUCAUGGUCAUGAGCGCCCCAAUAAUCAUGGCCUCUUGGCAUCUCCCAGCACUAGAUUCCUGGGCUCCUGCCACCCUGAUGGGGCGCUGCGUCCUUCCUCAGAAGUCAAUGGCGAAACCAUAGACCGUGGCAUGAUCGCUGUCCCCCUAUUGACUGGAUUUUGAGUUAGAGGCAAUAGAGCCACAGAAGCAUUAAUUUUGGGAGGCGGGAGGGUGGGGACAGAUUUAGGGAUGACUCUCUGUGUUCUGUUCAUAACCUGGUCUGAUAGACACACCUCCCUCGUUGCUUAUAAGCAGGGCUUUGCCGGGUUGGUCGGAUAAAUACAGUGGGAGAACAGGAAUGGGGCCAGUGCGCUCCCGUCAAGACCUUGCAGCAGCUGUGCCAAAGGAAGGGCUCACUGAUUCAGCGUGAUCUGGAUCGCUUCAUAAACUGGGUGCAAGCAAACAAUAUGCAUUUGAAUAAGGGUAAAUGUCCAUGUCCACAUCUGGUAACAAAGAACAUAGGCCAUGCUUGUGGCCUGGGGGACUCUCUCCUGGUACGCAGGGACUCUGAAAGAGAUGUGGGGGUGGGGGUGGAGAAUCAGCUGAACGGCCAAAAGAGCGAAUGCCACCCUGGGAUGCAUCAGCAGAAUGUCGAGUAGACAUAGAGAGGGUCUUUUGUCUCUGUAUUUGGCACUGGUGCGACCACGGCUGGAAUCCUGUGUCCAGGUCUGGUGCUCACCGUUCCAGAAGGAUGUGGGUGAAUUGGAGAAGGGUCAGAGAAGAGUCGCGAGACUGAUUAAAGGGUUAGAAACCUGCCUUGGAGUGACGUACUCCAGGAGCUCAGUCUGUUUAGCUAACAAAGAAAAAGUUAAGGGGUGACUUGAUCACGGUCUGUAAGUAUCUACAUGGGGAACAACCAUUGAAUAAUGGGUGCUUCCAUCUAGCAGACGAAGGUCUAACACGAGCCAGUGGCUGGAAGUUGAAGCAAGACAUGUGCAGACUGGAAAGGAGGUGUAUAUGUUUCCCGGGGAGAGUAAUUAGCCAUUGGAGCGAUUUAGCAAGGGUGGAGGUAGAUUCUCCAUCAGUGGCAAUGUUAAAAUCAGGACUGGCUGUUUCCCAAAAAGCUCUGCUCUAGGGAUUACUGUGGGGCAGUCCUAUGGCCGGUGCCAUGCUGCGGGGGGUCAAACCAGGUGAUCUCAGUGGGCCCUUCGGGCCUUGGAAUCUGAAUCUAUGCCUGGCCUCCUCCACGCCCCCUGCCAUGCAUGUCGAGCUGGUAGAGUGUGAGGGUGCUCAAGCUGUCUGCCUCUUGCCCUCCCCCCACCCCACCCCCAAAGCUACAACAGCAUGCUGGCUAAUGGAAGGUGCCGUUGGGAAGGAGGAGGGAUUUGUGAUGAGUGGGUGCGUGACUGGAGGGGAGAAAGCUAGGGGCGGGUGUCCUGGCUGAACAGCAGUGCCCAUGUGGUCUGUAGGGUUUGGAUUUGGAAAGAGGAGAGCUAGUCUUUCCCUGCAUCUGAUUGGAUAGGAAUGAAUAGUACUCAACCAACUUGCUAGAGAAAUGAUGAGUUAUGAUUGGUUGAGAGCUGGUCUAGUCCACCCCCCUCCCUUCCUCACCCCAUUAUCUUAAGAAGCCAGACGCCCUGGCCUUACACCCAGGAGCCCUAUAGCCGAUAGCUAUAGGGUACCAUCGUCACCAGGUGGCCGACCACAGUGGGAUGGGGUCAGAGAACCACCAUUUGGCUAUUACAGGAGAAGGGAGUCACACCAGGGCUACCCUUGGCCUGGUGUAUUUUGCACUGAACAGUAGCUGGGCAGCGGGGAUCCUACAGCGAUGGGAGCCAUGUCAGACCCUGGAUACGCAGACUGAGCUACUAUGGAUAUAAUGGCCCAAUGAUUGGGGAUCUCCUUUGCUUUGGGUGAGUUGCACCGGAGAUGAGCAGAUGCCUUUGAUUUGGGUGAGUUGCACCGGAGAUGAGCAGAUGCCUUUGAUUUGGGUGGCG